CUUCUUUGUUAACCUCUGCUUUUCUGCGAGAGUUUUACUAUCCUUUUACAGACCGUAUCUUCCUGCAGGCUGCAUUUGCUUUUCCUUUGCUUCUUUGGCCCCUGCUCUGUGGGUCAGCUCCUCCUUUCGCUAACCAUCCUAGCUGCCCCUCUCAUUCAGUCUUAAAUAUCAGCUCCUACGUAUGUCUUGCAGCCAUGAUUAUCUCUCCCUUCUAUAUAUCACAGCUGGCAUUAGUGCAUCCACCUGCUCAGCCCGCCAUUUCUGCUGUUCUUGCUUGUCUCUAGCUACUACCACUGCUCAGCAAGACCCUGCUGCUUUUCCUUCCGAUUUCUCUCCUCCCCUUUGAGGUAGUUCUCUGUUUAGUGGAGCAGAGGCUGGAGCUAGAAGAAGUAGAGAAGAUUUCUCUUCACACGGACAAGUUGAGUUGAUCGAUCAAAGCCUCCACCUUUUGUUUCCAUUUGCAGCUUGCAGUACACAACAAUAACUAGCGCUGUAUGAGCCUGCUUCUUUCUGACUGAAGCACGGGGUAAGCAGGCAUGGACAACUCAGCUAUAGCCAUGGACACACCAAGGGCUACGCACUCGUGCUCUCACCUACAACACCGGCACACCCGAAGUGUUGCAAGCACACAUGCAAAUCUAUAUGACAUAUCACCACGAUUCUCCUAUCACAAACCUACAACCAAUCGGGAUAGGAUUACCCAUAGGAGGCACUCGCUUAACCUAGCAGAGCACUUGCAAGAGCCCCACGUGAUUACUACCGCAGAACAUAAUGAAAAUGCUAUGUCAAAGCCUGUUGCAGACUUGGUUUGGGAGAUAGCAGCCCUGGAGGAGGAAGUUGUACGAAGGGAACUGCAUUUGCUUUCUCUCUACAGGGCGACAUUUGAUCAAUACCUGGGCAUCUCCCCUCGUGUUUCUGGUCAGGUGGGUCAAGAAACGCAUCGUCAAGGCAGCAGAAAGAAAGCUGAUGAAGGUGCUCUUCGGUUGAGAGAUAUCAGGGAGUCUGCAUCCUACAGCUUGCCAACAGUUUCAGAUUCUAGACAUUAUUCACAGGGAAUUUCAAGGUCAACUUCAGGGCACUCUAGUCUUGCAAAUUUCUUGAGUGCCUCUAUUGCUGAAUACGUGCCCAGGAUUGGAUGUAAGCUUUCAGAGGACAUCCUAAAAUGCAUUUCUUCUGUUUACUGCAAACUUGCGAGUCGCCCAUCACAAGAUGCAGAUUCAGAGACUUUGUCGACUCCUUCGUUCUCCUCUGCAUCUAGUACCUUUUCUCUAAAACAUCGUGUCGAUAGUUGGAGCCCCCGACUCAGCUGCAAUGUUGACGCAAGCUCUGAAAAAUAUAGUUCAUCGAAUGAGAGUAAUAACCAGUACAGUGGGAUGAUAAUUUUUCCAAGGAUACAUAUAGAUGCAGACAAGUUCGAUUAUGCCUCCAAAAUGCUUGACACAAUAAGAGCCCUGAUAAAGCGACUUGAGAAAAUUGACCCUACGAAGAUGGCACAUGAGGAGCAGCUCUGUUUUUGGAUCAACAUCCACAACGCUUUAGUGAUGCAUGCUUUUAUGGCUUAUGGACUUCAGGAUAAACGCAUGAAAAGCUCAGACAUGAUUUCGAAGGCUGCAUAUGAUGUGGGUGGGCAUUCAGUAAACUCCCAAAUUAUUCAGAACUCAAUUCUUGGAUGUCAAUCCCAUCGUCCUUCUCUGUGGGUUCGCACGCUAUUUACGCCCACCAAAAAACCAGCACCAGGGAGCUCCAUUCAUCCAUAUGCUCUUAGUCAGCCAGAGCCGCUUGCUCACUUCAGUCUUUCCACGGGAGCAUUCUCAGAUCCACCUGUAAGGUUAUACACAGCCAAGAAACUAUAUCGUCAACUGGAUCAAGCCAAGGCUGAGUUCAUUAGAGCUAAUGUUAUGGUCAGGAAGCAGGUCAUCUUUCUUCCUAAAGUUCUCCACUACUAUGCAAAGGAUGCUGCACUUGAAUUGCCUGAUCUGAUUGAGAUGGUAUGUAAGAGCAUGCCUGAAGCCCAACAAAAAGAAAUCAGAAAAUGCCUCAGGAGGAGGAUAGAUAAGCGUGUUGAAUGGUUGCCGUAUAAGUCUUCUUUCAGAUACACUGUACACAGGAAUUUGGGUGAGUAGGCAAUGCAUAUUUCUUUCCCAAAUUGUCUGUGUAAGUAAACUGGACAUUAUUGAUCGAUAAGUGUGAGUGAUUGUGUAAAUAGGUUACAGUGAUAGUUUAGUAAAGUUGUGCAUUUAAAUUGA